AUGAAUUUUGGCUGUAUAUUAUUCGCAUUCGCAUGCUUACUAGCGAACGUUGACAGCAUGAAAUUAUUUGAUAAAUUUCAAGAAAGCGAUGACACAACUGAUACUAGUGAAGAUAAAAGAAAUGUGAUCAGCGUUGACCGUCUAUCACGAGCGCUUAUGACCACUUUAGACGGUGGUUAUUCGAAAGACUCCUGGACUGUCUAUUAUAUGGGUAAAAAAGUUGAUGGUGCAAGUGCUAAUUCAUUUCAAUCACUUGGCGGUGGAUAUGGAAAAGAUAGUUGGACUGUCUAUUAUAUGGGUAGAAAAGUUGAUGGUGCAAGUGCUAAUUCAUUUCAAUCACUUGGUGGUGGAUAUGGAAAAGAUAGUUGGAAUGUGUAUUUUCAAGGUAGAAAAGUUGCUGGUGCAAGCGCUAAUUCAUUUCAAUCGCUUGGCAGCGGCUAUGGCAAAGAUAGUUGGCAUGUCUACUUGAUGGGCAACAAAAUUGAUGGUGCGUCGCCGAACACAUUCAAUAUUGGAAAAUAA